AUGGAAGAUCUCCGACGAAUAAGAUCGGAAAUACAGCGAGGCGCCGCCGUCUCCAGCCUCAGCUCCGACGACUUCUUCACCGACAUUUUCGGUGGUGCCCCACUGCCACGUAGCAUAUUUUCCCACCAGAUAUCCGCCGCCGGUGGCUUCUACGACAACAUCUUCUGGUCGACCAAGAAGGCGUCGCCGCCGCAGCUGAGGCGGAGGGGACGGAAUUUGCCCCUUUUUGAUAUUCCUUCGUUGCAACAGAACCAAAAGAGUCGUCCUUUCAGAGACAUUUUCGGGUUGGAUGCCAAGAAGAAGAAGAAGAAAUCGUAUUCCGAAUCAGGACAGACCUCCAAUGAGCUCGAAUACGACGACGUUGCUAUGUCAGCGGCCAAGCUCAGAGGUACCCAGUGGAAUUCCACGAGAAACGGAGAAUUCAAUCAUAAAAAAUGGGCACUAUUUUCCAACAUGGAUUGUGAAAAUAAAUUAGGGGGCUGCUGCUCCGUUGGAAUCGAGGAAAAGAUUAAUGUUGAGCAGAUGAAAUUAAGAAGGAAAGCAGAAAUAAUGGAUGAAGAAAUGGAAAUUGAUGAAGAUGAGUUUAUAGAGCUUGAUUCUCGCAGUGCGAGUUCCUAUGUACCGAGCGACGUAGAUGAAGCGAUCGCGUGGGCCAACCAAAAGUUUAACAGCCAUUCCAAACCCACAUUUGGAGUGAUGAAUGAGUCUCCAAUUUCGUCUAGAUGGGUUGAGGAUAGCUCUUUAGAGAAAGAGGAUGAUGGGAGCAUAGUUGAUGAAAAGAUGAGGUUGUGGUUGAGCGAUCCUAUGGCCGAACAGCGGGUGGAUGGCGAUACCUCUAGCAAAACUAAUGGAGAGCUCACAAGUGAAGAAAGCUUAUCAAAAAUCAGUUCUAUGCCUUCAUCCUGA